CAGACAUUCAAAACAGAAACAUCCCAGAGGGACAGACCUUAAGCUAAAUUCCCUUAAGAUUUUGAGCGUAAAAGAUGCCUCCCAGGGGAUAUUUUACCACAGGAAGCCUCUCAGCGUUUAUUUUUCUUGGUAUCAUCAGAGGAUCUUUUUCGGUUGCCUUAUACUUUGCAGUACAUUCUUACAAAUCGCCAAGUCUCGUAUUUCUUCUUCGGACUCCAGGCGCUAUCGGUCUGUACGCAGUUGUUAUGGUUUUCCUGUCUCGGCGAGACAGCGAGAUCAAGGAGAUAUUCUACGACAACUGCAGAGCUGUAAGAAGUUACUGGAAGUUUGCUGUGAUGGGAUUUGUUCAGUUAGCUGCCCCGUACAUUCUUUUUACGUAUGCUUUGCGAGUUUUGAACCCCACAACUGCGGGCGUUUAUAUGGCUGCCGCUCCGUGGUUUUCGAUUUUGUUGGAAAGAUUGCCAUUCGUUCGAGUAAGUUAUAUUUUAUUGUCUUUAUUCUCUCAGCGUUCAGGAGUCGUAAAAUCUUUAAUUACAGAUUCUGUUAAUUGUUAUUUCUAACUGUUGCUUUUAAUUAAAACCGGAAGUGAAUUGAACGUAACGUAAUUUUGAUUGAAAAUAAGCUUAUUAGAGCAUUGUUGCCAUGCUCUUAGUGAUGUAAUGAAUUUAAUCUUAAUUGGCCCUUUGCUAAAGAAGGAAGAAGAAAUAUCAGUAUACCUCAAAUGUUUGUUGAAGCCACAUUUAUGUUAGGUGACUGCUAGACAUGGCCUGAUUAAGGGCUCAGGUACAAAAUCAUAGUUAUACCUGGGCAAGGGGGAUACACCCAUAAUUGCCCUAAUGGUUAUGUGUUGCAAGUCAAGAUAUGGUUACAGUUAUUAUUAGUUUUCAUAUCCAGAUUUCUUAACGGAAAUGGACAGUUGUCAAAAGAGGCUAAAAUUCACAUUUCAGUUUAUUCAGUUUAUUUUGCCAAAAGUAAUGCACUUAUAAGUGGCCAUCAGGGGGGGGGGGGUUGAUCCCAGGGAACCCCCGGUCAUUUGCACAUCAACGUUUACAAAUCCCUCCUACCCAAAACCAAGAUUUUUUGACAAAAAGCUGCUAACACCUCUCCCUUGGGGGCAAAGAAGUGUGCUCUGCCAAGUCGAAGAGUUCUAGAGAAGGAAUCAUAGUUUUCUUUUGAAAAAUAUAGUCACUUUGUAAGCGAAGGAUGGCCAGCUAAAAGGAACAGAAUACAAGAGAAACAUCUUUUCUGUCUCCAUUUUGCCAGAAUGUGUUCACCAACUGAACAUUCCCAGUCCUUUCGCAGACAGAAAUGGCACUCGUUUCCCGCUUCAUCUACAAAAUGGCAAUGGCGCUACAAAUCCCGCGCAUCUUCCCCCGGAGAUCCUGCUUCGAAAGUACAAAAGCAAUCCAAUCCCCCAUCCAGGGCUUAAUAUUAACAAACAAAGUUGACAAAUCCUGCACCAUGCCCUGGUAUUUCCCCAGGGUUACUCCUCCAGGAUGGCCACUGAUAAGUGCAUAACCUUUUUUUGGCAGGGAAAACAAUACCACAAGGCCAUUUCCAAGUGGCUCCAAGCCUCUGUUUCAAAGUGAGGCUCAAUAUGAAAGUGGCAGUGUUUAGAACUUGAAAAUGGCCUGUUGAUCUGGUUCUCAAUAGGACACUGAACUUGUAAAAAUGUGAAGACAAACUUUACUUUACUGACAAACCUCAAUGGUCUUUUGCCUUUCAGGUAAGUUCUCCAGUUUCAGCAGGAAAAGUUGGGGCCAUUGUAGUGGGGUUGAUUGGCAUCAUUCUUGUUUCAGUAUCUGGCAUUGCAUCAGCAUCAAAUAGUGAUGGGUUUUGUCAUAAUUGUGAACUAAAGAAUGAAAGCAUGAGUAUGGAUAACACUGAAUUAUACAACAAAUGCUGUACACCAUUUACAAUGGCAGAAAAAACAUUUUCUUUACUUGCUCUGAUAAGUGGUUCCUUUAUGUGGUCAAUCAGCUCAGGUAAAGUGUAUGACCUAUUGUUUUACUUUUUUUUCCCAUCGUGACGGGUGACUGAAAGAGGACAGAUAACUGAACACUUAAGCCAUUGCCCAGGGCUCUCAUUAUCUAACAAUUAUUAUAUUGCUGGUUUUCAGUGUCACGCCAUUCAAAAAAGAUCAAAAUAAAAUCAAAACCAUUUGACAGGUAAAGUCCAGAAUCUGGGAAAUGAAAGGAGGUAAAUAUACAAAGACCCUCGCCAAGAUUUGGGUCGAAGGAAUAUUUCGUAUACGAGAUAUCCGAGGAAAUGUUUUACCCAAAUUUAUAGAGCCUUGUAUGGAGACGCCACGCUGGAGCUCAUCCGGAUGAGCUCCAACAUGGCGGACGGAAACCAACAGAAACAUCUGUCACCGAGUUUUGCUACAAAAGCGUGAAUUUACUCCUACAGAACUCAUAAACAUUAAAGUAAUGCUUUUUCUAAUACUUGAACUGUUUCGAUAGCAAAAUUCCUCGAAAAAAGUCACUUUUUUAACCUAAAUGACAUCUCUUUCGGACGUCAUGUAAGUGCUGCAUCACGCAAAAGCUUAGAAAUUCAAGCGUACUCUAUUACAAAACCAAGAACUCUGUUGAAGCGAAAAUUUGUUCGGAAAUUAGUUUUCGGCUGCUCUAAUACACCAUGAAAGUAAAAUCUCAGUAGGAUCGAUAGUUUUGUAGUUUGACUUUUAGUGACGUCAUGUGAAAACCAACAAUAGAGCAGGUGUAGCAUAACCAUUUUCACUUUUAUCACUUCAAAACAUGUUUACACUCUGCCACAUAUGUUAAUUGGGUCAAAGCCAAAUGACAGCCCAAUGACAGCCCUAAAUGUCAGGCUGUAGCUCUUCCAUUGUUUCACUUGACCAUGCUGAAUUUGCUGUGCAUGGAACCCCUUCACUUCCCCAGAGGAGGUUCUGUAUGGAUAGCAUAACCUGUGAUCACAUUCUUUUUUUUUUUCUUUUUCGCAACUGCUAUUUACUUGUAUCCUGGUAAUUUUUUAUCAGUUUUUUGGCGAUCCAACAGAGGAAGUAUCCAUUACGUCAGUGGAGGCAUAGGUAAUAAUUUGUUUGGUGGACUUUUUGCUCUUAUGUUAUGGACUAUACUGCAGCAAAAUGAAGACCUUGAAGAGGUUUGUGUUUCUUUGAGAUAAUGUAAUAUUUUUCUUAAAUAUUAUCUUAGUAAAACCUCCCAAGUCUAGAUAAUAGGAAUGAUCUCCAGCAUAACUUGACAUAUUUACAGCUGCUGCUUCCUUAAGGAGCUAUACAGCCAUAUAUACUGUCAAUCACCUUUCAGUAAGGUACACCCGUGUCGUCCUAACCCGCUUCCCUGCCACUUUUUUUUAUUUUAUUAAUUGCCUUAUGUUCAGCCAAUGAGCUACCUCAGGGAGCUGUAAGUUAGUAUAUUUCCACAUCGAAAUGUUAUGUUGUAUUCAUGACAUUAUACGUUUAUCUGUUUUUGUCUACUUUUGCUUCUUAGAUACAGUGGAGCAAUGCGUCAGCUGUUUUUUCCAUAAUUUUUCUGACCGUUGUUUCUGGCUGGCUGGCAGCUAUUAUUGUAGAUUAUAUGUACAGAGAAGUAGGUGAGUAAGUCACUUUGUUCUUUAGUUAUCUCAAAGUUGCAUAUAAACAGUCAGUUAUCCAGGGCUUCUGAUAUUUUGCACGGUCGCGGAACCGCGAAAUUCAGGUAAAUCCGUGAAAUCCUGCGAAUUUCACAAAAACUUGCAAAAUACCGCGAAAUUCAGUAGAAAUCUUUUCAAAUACAUGUCUGUACAGCAAUUUUGAAACUUGUCUCAGCUACUGGGGGUAAUUUUACUUGCUGUAAACUCGCAAAUUUAUGUCAAAACUUCGUCACUGAAAGUCGUGCAAACAACGUUCUGAAACUACCAGGGGUAGAUUAUGUUGCAAAAAACUGGGCACUAGCCAUGAUGUUAAAGGCUUUGCCAUUGGUUCAUUUCUGGAGCAAUAUGUUGUUGUUGAAAGAGAAAAAAUUAAUGAUGGCCUCUGUUAGAAAAACAUUAAAAACACUGGUCUGAAAAGUGCAAAACCGAUCGAUUUCUAGCGAAAUUUGCCCUGAAAAUAAUCACAAAAUCCGCCAUUCCUUUACCGAUUGCUUUCCGGCCAAGUUUGCUCCAAAAGUUCCCACGAAAUCGGCAGAUUUUUCUGCGAUUUUGUCCCUAAAAAUCCCGCAAAAUUUGACUUUUUUCCCGCGACCUAUCAGAAGCCCUGGUUAUCAGACUGUGUGCGUUAAAAUCUCGUUAUGUUUGGGGAAAGUUAAUAGCUGAGACUAUCAUUUUGAGAGUAAGAGACUCUUUGUCAGGCACAUGUGAGUUGUAGUAACCAAAAACAUAUUUACAGUGAAUAUAUAUAUGGCAGUCAAAAGUCUUCCUGCAAAUCCUCUAUCUGCCAUGUACAAUUUUUGUAUGUAAGACACAAAAAUGUGUGCAUCCUUGAGCGAGUUCAGCUGCAUUUUUGUUUUUAUUAGCUACAGUGGUGACUUUGGCAAAAAUGCCUUUUCAAGGAAGAAAAAUUAUUUGCAGCUCUGCUUUGUGUUUGCAUUAAUAUUCUUCCCUCCUUCAGCCAGUUAAAAACAAAAUAAAAUAAAUGAAGUGAAAUGAAAUAUUGGCAUGAUCUUACUCAGUGCAUUUUGCACAUUGUGUUUACAGGGGCCCUGGUAACCAACCGAGUCCUCUGCCUUGUUCCGCUGGUAGCUUGGUUUGAAGACUGGAUGUUUGUUAGAGAAUUUAAAGUGAUGCCCAAUUAUUGGUAUAUACCAGUUGAGGUUGUAGGUGAGUGUAGGCAAUUUCAAUAGUAAAUUCAAACCUUUCUUCCGAAUGACCAUGUCACCUUGGGGACAGUUCACAGGUGCAGAGAAGCCAACCUCUGGAGACCUAAAAUCGGGAGACUGUCUUUUUUUCACCCCCCCCCCCCCGAAUUUCAAUGACCCCCCCCCCCACCCCCCUGAAAAAUUGACCCAGCCCCCAAUGGGAAUGACUUAGGACAUUAUCUGACAUCUUUUUAAUACAUGGUGAACAUACUAUCAAAAUUCGAAAUCAUCGUUUUGAUAUAAAUCUUUGUCAAUGACCAAAUACGUGCAAAAAUACCCCAGAAACUGUACUGCAAAUAAGAAAAAUUCAAGUUUUGAGCUAAAAAUGGGCUAAAUCUCAAACUAAGUCUGCUUUAUUUUUUACUAAGUAUUCAAUAUUUAUAGUGGACGUAAAAAGCGGGAGAUUUAUGUACCAAAGCGGGAGAGCGGGAGACGAGGCAAAAAAGCGUAAGUCUCCCGCCAAAAACGGGAGAGUUGGCAUUACUGCAGGUGACUGGCAGUCAUGAAGAGGUGGCCAUCGUCAUAUAUGCCAUUAACUCUCCCGGAUUAUCUGGGAGUCUUCCAGAUACAGCACUGAUCUCCCUCUCUCCCAUACAGGUCAUCAAAUUUCCUAGAUAAAAUGGGCUUUUGAGCUUUUCUGUCCUUUAGUUUGAAAUUUGGUCAGUGUAAAAUGCAGGCUGCGGACUAUUGUUUUACCCAUUCAUUUACCCAAAUGAAUACGUAUAGUAUAGUCCCAGUUAGUCUGCAGUCUGCAUUUUACACUGCCCUGUUUGAAAUUUAGCCCAUUUUUUUCUUAAAGUUCGGACUCUUUUAUUCAUUUUUGCACAUAUUUAGUCACUGACAAAGAUUAUUUUGUCAUUGCGAUGUUAAAAGCAAUUUUUAAUAGCAUGUACCUCAUGUAAGACAUCAUAUAAUGUCCAAAACCAUGGGGGCUGGGUGGGGGGGCUGUUGACAUUCGGGGUGAGGGAAAGGGGUAGUGAAAAAUAGAGAGACUCCAGAAUUAAGAUCUCCAGAGGUUGGCAUCUCUGCAUUACAAGCAAGAAUCAAGGGGUAGCCUGCAUGGUACGUACAAUAGGCGUCUAAAUGGAUAAGACAAGGAAGGGAAAUGGGAGGCAGAUUGGGUAUAGGAACCCUUCCUCCCUCCCUUCCAUCUACCAUUUUUGAGCCUGCCACACAUGCCAGAUGGUGGUCUAAUAUGACAGCAAUUUUGUGGCAUGGGAAGCGGAAGAACAUUUUUAUCUUUAAAAUGCCAAUUGCUAUGUGUUAUAUGAACACUAUGAAUAUAAAUCAACAAAAUAAUACCAAAUGUUCAAAAUUAAAAUAUGUAUAAAAAAAAAAUGAGGAAGGUACAAUAAGCAUGUUAAUUUGUAAUUUUUUUUUCAAACGGGAGUAAUGUAGAGGUUAGUUGGCAAUUGAUUGUAACUUACUUGGUUGUUGCCAUUUUGGAGGGAAGGCUGUUUCAGAAAAAGGGGAAUCUGCUGGACUGUUGCCACCUUUUUUGAUAUAAACAUCUGGUGAUUUUGCCCAUCAUUUGUGUGAAAGCAUAUCAAAGUUAAGAAGAUUCAUCUUUGCCUUAUUUUGCCUGUCUGUCUAGGUGUGGUUUUCAUGUUUAUCGGUCUGACAAUUUCAAACUUGGAACCUGAGAACCUUUCAAGUGCUCUUCGCAGACCAUUAUUACCUUCUGAUGAGCGCGAGGUAAUUAACCAAUUUGUAGAGGCUUAGAAAAUGUCCUUUGCUUUCAGCGGCGGUUCCUGUCUGUGUACCUUAAUCUUGACCACGCCCCUUCAUAUCUUUACGUUCAUUGAUUAAUUGAUCGAUUGAUUGAUUGAUUGAUUGAUCAUGUAGAUCAUCCUCUGGCAGUUUGGAUCAGUUAUCAAAUUCCUUUAGAACUUUUUUCUAUCUAUCUACAGUGACUCUAAAAGUCUAGAAAUGCAUUUCAUGGGAAAUUAUUAUUAUUUUGUCUAUCUGGUUAUCCUAGGGUAAGGGAAGCCUUUUCGGUUGUAUUUUUCGUGUUUUCUUAUAUUAUUAUCCCUAAAAUCUUAACUGCCAUUUCUGAUACCUCUUUUCGUGACUAUUUUUGAAAGCCCAUCUUAUUGGCUUUAAAUUUAAAACAUUUGAUGUAUAACUGAUCACAUUUGUAUUAAUUAUUAAGCAGGAUAACAAUCAGGGGUAUUUUAAAUGUAGCUCUCUUUGACCUAACCCCUUGUAGUUUUAAACUGUACGUUAUAAAGGUGGCAUUUUCGUUUUUCUUUUUUCUCAUACGACAGACCCCAGAUUCAACGCAGUUUUACAACAACAUCCGGGACAUUGAAGAUGGCAUGUUUUCUGAUGAAGAGAUGAAAAACACAAGUUACAUUCGAUCAUGUUCCACGAACUCGAGUGAAAAUCCCUUCCCUCCCCUAGUGGAGGUACCAAGACAGGAUCAUCUUACUUGACUGACCCCAUCCUGGUUCGGUGUGCUGUAGCUGCCCGGCCGGCGACCACUAGCCACGAUACAUCGAGUCCUCGCAUGGAAAGAUGGAUUUAAAUGCCUCCGCGUGACGCUAAUUUAUUGCCUACGCCGUCAAACGUAGCCUAGUGUGAAUAGGAACGUCAGUUGACGACGGGAAAGCGCGCGGAAGGGGCUAAACGCUACUUUCGGUGCCCAAUUUGCCGCUCUGUCAUUGGUCAAGCCAGUUGUUUGAUUUGCGCGCGCCGUCGUCAACUGACGUCCCCGUUCUGUUGCUUACUCAUCCUUAUGUGCAUAGCUGUAACCAAACUCUUCUGUGUUUCAUUCUAUGGAUCAAAUCCUUUAAUCCCCGACGUGUCUCAAGUUUGGUGCUCCCUUUUACAAAAUGACUUUUUCAGUCGUAAACUUACAUUCUAUCAAAGAGAAGAAGUAAAGAAAGUACACAAGACUAAGCAGGAAUAAAGAAAAUCAGCAUCAGCACUUAUUACACAAAUUGGCCAAUGACAGAGUUGCAGGCAACUUCCACCAACAGAUCUUUGUUUGGAAGGGAGAAUACUUUUGUACGAAAUACAAGUUAAAACGUCAUUAUUUUAAUUCCCGCAAAAACCUAGUCUUGUGUAAAUGGAAUGUGGCAGCUAUAACUAAAUUCUGAGGCGAAUUAGAGUAGAGUUCACAAGUUCCCGUACAACCUCCUCGACGUUUUGAUGAUGUAAACCAGUUUUUAUAGUUUGUCUAUUUUGGCGAAUUUUUUUUAUUUUUUUUCUUAAGCUGUCUUUUUCUUUCAUUUGUUUGUUUGUGCGGCUUUUUAGAAAGUAACUUGAGUUUUAAUCUUCGAGUGUAACUUUUUUUAAAUAAAAAGAAAGGAGGAAAACGAAGAAACAAAACAAAAUCGCCAGCUAUGGAGGUUAAUGCCGAGAACUUGCGACGUCAGCUGCCGCGAUUGCUUCUACACUGGCUACGGGCUUGGCUCAAACACGCAAAGAUCAUUUGAAGACAUAAUUCAGCUGACUGUGAUUCCGCUUUACGUGUAAUAACGACAUCGGCAAAAUUUAAGAGUUUUGCUAUGUGGAAAUUCAAUUAACCUUCUUAAAUUACCCACAAUAACGGUAAAUUCAUAAUAAAAAUGAAUUGUCUGUUUCUUUGCUGUAGUAAAGAAACUCGUAUUUAUUUCCAUUCCUUGAUAAUGGCGUCAUAAUGACGCCGAAACCUCGGAACUUUAUUUCGCUAGUUUUGAGUUUUAAGGAAGUUUAAGGAUAAGGUAGCUAGCGAAUAACACAUGGAUGCCCUAUUCAUCUUUUAUCCCUCCAGUUAGUAAAAAAAAACCGACAAAUCUUUCAGUGAGCUUCGACAGAAUAGAUAUCGUCAUUUUUCUAUUUCAUGUUUUUUUUUUUCAGUUUUGACAUCAUUUUGCCGAAAAAUGACGUCACAAAUUUGGCACCGAAUUUCGCAACCUCGUUCUUCAGGGUGGGUGGGAGGAAGAGAGAGAACGCUGGGAGCGAGGUUGCAAAUUUUGCUUUACUCUGGAAUAUUUUAAGGCGGCGGUAUUCGAAACAACUCUUUACAAGUGACUUCUACACACUCUAGGUUUUACUACACGCACGAAAACCCCACUCCUCCACUCAUGUCCAAUCCAAGUGGACGAAACCUGGCAGGAGUCUUGUCCGGUCCAGUUCUCGAGAAGCAAAAAUGACGAAUUUGCGUCUGAAAAGUGCAAAACCGAUCGAUUUCUAGCGAAAUUUGCCCUGAAAAUAACCACAAAAUCCGCCAUUCCUUUACCGAUUGCUUUCCGGCCAAGUUUGCUCCAAAAGUUCCCACGAAAUCGGCAGAUUUUUCUGCGAUUUUGUCCCUAAAAAUCCCGCAAAAUUUGACUUUUUUCCCGCGACCUAUCAGAAGCCCUGGUUAUCAGACUGUGUGCGUUAAAAUCUCGUUAUGUUUGGGGAAAGUUAAUAGCUGAGACUAUCAUUUUGAGAGUAAGAGACUCUUUGUCAGGCACAUGUGAGUUGUAGUAACCAAAAACAUAUUUACAGUGAAUAUAUAUAUGGCAGUCAAAAGUCUUCCUGCAAAUCCUCUAUCUGCCAUGUACAAUUUUUGUUUACAUGUAAGACACAAAAAUGUGUGCAUCCUUGAGCGGGUUCAGCUGCAUUUUUGUUUUUAUUAGCUACAGUGGUGACUUUGGCAAAAAUGCCUUUUCAAGGAAGAAAAAUUAUUUGCAGCUCUGCUUUGUGUUUGCAUUAAUAUUCUUCCCUCCUUCAGCUAGUUAAAAACAAAAUAAAAUAAAUGAAGUGAAAUGAAAUAUUGGCAUGAUCUUACUCAGUGCAUUUUGCACAUUGUGUUUACAGGGGCCCUGGUAACCAACCGAGUCCUCUGCCUUGUUCCGCUGGUAGCUUGGUUUGAAGACUGGAUGUUUGUUAGAGAAUUUAAAGUGAUGCCCAAUUAUUGGUAUAUACCAGUUGAGGUUGUAGGUGAGUGUAGGCAAUUUCAAUAGUAAAUUCAAACCUUUCUUCCGAAUGACCAUGUCACCUUGGGGACAGUUCACAGGUGCAGAGAAGCCAACCUCUGGAGACCUAAAAUCGGGAGACUGUCUUUUUUUCACUACCCCCGAAUUUCAAUGACCCCCCCUACCCCCCUGAAAAAUUGACCCAGCCCCCAAUGGGAAUGACUUAGGACAUUAUGGGCGCUUUCCAUUUACGAAAAAAAAACCGGAAAUUUCGGUGGUAGCAAAAGUGGAAUUUCCGAUUGGUAAAAAGUUGUUCCAUUUGGUCGUAAACCCCGGUACGUGGCCGGGUGCCCGACCGUGGACCUGGAACUGGUACAAACUACAAGAAACGUCAAUGGAACACGACAUUCCGUUCGGAAAUUCCAACCGGGAAAACGGGACCACCUUUUUAGAUUUUACACUUUUUCUGGGAAUUUUCCAGUGGGACGAACCGACGAAACGUGUUCCAUUUACCGCCGAACCGGAAAUUCCGAAAAUUUUGACUAAAUGGAAAGCGCCGUAUCUGGCAUUUUACAUGGUGAACAUACUAUCAAAAUUCGAAAUCAUCGUUUUGAUAUAAAUCUUUGUCAAUGACCAAAUACGUGCAAAAAUACCCCAGAAAUUGUACUGCAAAUAAGAAAAAUUCAAGUUUUGAGCUAAAAAUGGGCUAAAUCUCAAACUAAGUCUGCUUUAUUUUUUACUAAGUAUUCAAUAUUUAUAGUGGACGUUAAAAGCAGGAGAUUUAUGUACCAAAGCGGGAGAGCGGGAGACGAGGCAAAAAAGCGUAAGUCUCCCGCCAAAAGCGGGAGAGUUGGCAUCACUGCAGGUGACUGGCAGUCAUGAAGAGGUGGCCAUUGUCAUAUAUGCCAUUAACUCUCCCGGAUUAUCUGGGAGUCUUCCAGAUACAGCACUGAUCUCCCUCUCUCCCAUACUGGUCAUCAAAUUUCCUAGAUAAAAUGGACUUUUGAGCUUUUCUGUCCUUUAGUUUGAAAUUGGGUCAGUGUAAAAUGCAGGCUGGGGACUAUUGUUUUACCCAUUCAUUUACCCAAAUGAAUACGUAUAGUAUAGUCCGUAUACGUAUACGUAUAGUAUAGUCCCAGUUAGUCUGCGGUCUGCAUUUUACACUGCCCUGUUUGAAAUUUAGCCCAUUUUUUUCUUAAAGUUCGGACUCUUUUAUUCAUUUUUGCACAUAUUUAGUCACUGACAAAGAUUAUUUUGUCAUUACGAUGUUAAAAGCAAUUUUUAAUAGCAUGUACCUCAUGUAAGACAUCAUAUAAUGUCCAAAACCAUGGGGGCUGGGUGGGGCUGGGUGGGGGGGCUGUUGACAUUCGGGGUGAGGGAAAGGGGUAGUGAAAAAUAGAGAGACUCCAGAAUUAAGAUCUCCAGAGGUUGGCAUCUCUGCAUUACAAGCAAGAAUCAAGGGGUAGCCUGCAUGGUACGUACAAUAGGCAUCUAAAUGGAUAAGACAAGGAAGGGAAAUGGGAGGCAGAUUGGGUAUAGGAACCCUUCCUCCCUCCCUUCCAUCUACCAUUUUUGAGCCUGCCACACAUGCCAGAUGGUGGUCUAAUAUGACAGCAAUUUUGUGGCAUGGGAAGCGGAAGAACAUUUUUAUCUUUAAAAUGCCAAUUGCUAUGUGUUAUAUGAACACUAUGAAUAUAAAUCAACAAAAUAAUACCAAAUGUUCAAAAUUAAAAUAUGUAUAAAAAAAAUGAGGAAGGUACAAUAAGCAUGUUAAUUUGUAAUUUUUUUUUUAAACGGGAGUAAUGUAGAGGUUAGUUGGCAAUUGAUUGUAACUUACUUGGUUGUUGCCAUUUUGGAGGGAAGGCUGUUUCAGAAAGGGUAAAAAAGGGGAAUCUGCUGGACUGUUGCCACCUUUUUUGAUAUAAACAUCUGGUGAUUUUGCCCAUCAUUUGUGUGAAAGCAUAUCAAAGUUAAGAAGAUUCAUCUUUGCCUUAUUUUGCCUGUCUGUCUAGGUGUGGUUUUCGUGUUUAUCGGUCUGACAAUUUCAAACUUGGAACCUGAGAACCUUUCAAGUGCUCUUCGCAGACCAUUAUUACCUUCUGAUGAGCGCGAGGUAAUUAACCAAUUAGUAGAGGCUUAGAAAAUGUCCUUUGCUUUGAGCGGCGGUUCCUGUCUGUGUACCUCAAUCUUGACCACGCCCCUUCAUAUCUUUACGUUCAUUGAUUAAUUGAUCGAUUGAUUGAUUGAUUGAUCAUGUAGAUCAUCCUCUGGCAGUUUGGAUCAGUUAUCAAAUUCCUUUAGAACUUUUUUCUAUCUAUCUACAGUGACUCUAAAAGUCUAGAAAUGCAUUUCAUGGGAAAUUAUUAUUAUUUUGUCUAUCUGGUUAUCCUAGGGUAAGGGAAGCCUUUUCGGUUGUAUUUUUCGUGUUUUCUUAUAUUAUUAUCCCUAAAAUCUUAACUGCCAUUUCUGAUACCUCUUUUCGUGACUAUUUUUGAAAGCCCAUCUUAUUGGCUUUAAAUUUAAAAUAUUUGAUGUAUAACUGAUCACAUUUGUAUUAAUUAUUAAGCAGGAUAACAAUCAGGGUAUUUUAAAUGUAGCUCUCUUUGACCUAACCCCUUGUAGUUUUAAACUUAAAGUUAUAAAGGUGGCAUUUUCCUUUUUCUUUUUUCUCAUACGACAGACCCCAGAUUCAACGCAGUUUUACAACAACAUCCGGGACAUUGAAGAUGGCAUGUUUUCUGAUGAAGAGGUGAAAAACACAAGUUACAUUCGAUCAUGUUCUACAAACUCGAGUGAAAAUUCCUUCCCUCCUCUAGUGGAGGUACCAAGACAGGAUCAUCUCACUUGA